UCCUGCUAUCGAUGGUUUGGAUCUCGUUCUACUCGUACUUUAUGGUGUGGAUGAUCACCGUGAUCGGGUCCACCCUGGCCAUCCCCGACACCGUGAUGGGCCUAACCUUCGUGGCUGCUGGCGUUUCUGUGCCGGAUGCCCUAAGCUCAAUAGCCGUUAUCAAAGAGGGCUACGGCGACAUGGCCGUGUCGAAUGCGAUUGGCUCGAAUGUCUUUGAUAUCCUAGUGUGCUUAGGUCUUCCAUGGUUCAUACAAACGGCCAUCAUAAAGCCCGGCUCGCACGUGAAUGUCAUCUCCAAGGGUCUCGCCUACUCGACACUCUCGCUCUUCUCUACCGUCGUCUUUCUGAUCCUCUCGACGCACCUGAACGGCUGGAAGCUGGACAAGCGCCUGGGUAUAAUUCUGAUGCUCUGGUACCUGUUCUUCAUCACGCUGGCGUCGCUCUAUGAAUUAAAUGUCUUUGGCUAUAUGAACCCACCAGAGUGUCCCAGCACUUUCUAAGCAACCAAGAGGAUACCAGCACCAAGUACCAUAUACUCGUGUAGUAUAGUGCAUAAAGAAGCAUACAAUACAUAGUACAUAGCACAGACCCAUGCAUUUGCAUAUUCAUAUUCAGAGGAGAGUCGUGCAUAGUGCAUCAACAACAAACUGAAGCGCCAGCCACAGCCGCCACAACCGCAGGAGUUCGUCAUUGUAAGAGGAACCGACUCGUACAUUUAAUGUUAAUUAGUGGACAAAUUGAAUACUCAAAUCGCGUUUUACAUGGAUUUUUACAUUGCACCAACCGAAGAGAGAAACGAUAAAC